AUGAACAAGGCCCAACGUCGCUUCUUCCAUCUUCCAAAAUCACCACCACCUCACUCCAUCAACUCAACUACCACCAAGUCAUGCAAUGCUAUAAUCAAUCGUCUCUCGUCCGAAAACGCCCACCACGACGUCCUUCGGACCUACUCCGACAUGCUCUCGACCAACUCUCCACCAGACGCCUACACAUACCCUAGUCUCCUCAAAGCCUGCACUUCCCUAAACCUACUCUCUAAUGGGCUUUCAUUCCAUCAACAAGUCAUUAUUAAUGGGUACUCUUCUGAUCCAUACAUUGCUUCUUCUUUGAUAAACUUUUAUGCCAAAUUUGGAUGCACCCAUCAUGCUCAUAACUUGUUUGAAAUGAUGCCUGAGAGAAAUGUUGUUCCAUGGAGCACAAUCAUUGGGUGCUAUUCGCGAGCAGGUGAUGUUAAUAUGGCGUUUUCUAUGUAUAAUUCAAUGCGACAUGAAGGAAUUCAACCCAGUUCAGUAACCAUGUUAGGUAUGCUCUCUGGAGUUUCAGAGGGUAUCCAUGUACAAUGUUUGCAUGGUUGUUCUGAAAGAUAUGGUUUCGGGUCUGAUUUAACUUUGGUGAAUUCUAUGUUGAACGUUUAUGGUAAAUGUGGAAGACUUGGGGAUGCUAGGAAUUUGUUUGAUUUGAUGGGUAGAAGAGAUAUUGUUUCAUGGAAUUCUUUGGUUUCUGCUUAUGCACUGAUUGGGGAUAUCAGAGAAAUUUUGAAGCUUUUGCAUGGAAUGAGGGUAGAAGGUUUGGAACCUGAUCAGCAGACGUUUGGAUCAUUGGUUUCUGUGACUGCAAGAGAGAGCAAUCCUAAAAUGGGAAAAUUGGUGCAUGGGAAGAUAUUAACUGCUGGAUUUGAGUUAGAUACACCUGUUCUGACAUCACUUGUAGACAAGGCACUGUCAGUGUUCCGAAGGAUGAUGAUUUUAAGAGUGGUGCCAUCUACUGCCUCCAUAUCCAGUGUUCUUGCAGCUUGUGCCCAAUUGGGUUCCUUUAAUAUGGGGAUUUCAAUUCAUGGCUACUUGUUGCGGCAAAGAAUACCAGUAGACAUUCCUACCCAAAACUCCCUCGUUACCAUGUAUGCAAAGUGUGGUCAUCUGGAGCAAAGUUGUGCUGUUUUUGAUAUGAUGGACCAAAGAGACUUGGUUUCAUGGAAUGCAAUUAUCGCAGGGCAUGCACAAAAUGGCCAUCUGGGCGAGGCCUUAUUUCUGUUUAAUGAAAUGAGGAAUACCCUUCAGAGACCUGAUUCAAUAACAGUUGUCUCUCUUCUUCAAGCUUGUGCCUCAAUUGGGGCACUCCAUCAGGGGAAGUGGAUUCACAACUUUGUCAUUAGGAGCUGUCUUGGACCAUGCAUCUUAAUCAAUACAGCUUUGGUUGACAUGUACUCUAAAUGUGGUGACUUAAAUUAUUCUAGGAAGUGUUUUGAAAGUAUGUCACAGCAUGAUUUGGUCUCAUGGAGCACCAUUAUUGCCGGAUAUGGUAGUCAUGGCAAGGGUGAGAUUGCUUUGGAGAUGUACUCGAAAUUCCUGCAAACCGGGCUUGAACCUAACCAUGUUAUUUUCUUGGCAGUUCUCUGUGCCUGUAGUCAUAAUGGACUCGUCGACCAAGGUAUGAGCUUGUUCCACUCCAUAACAAAUGAUUAUGAGAUUGAACCAACCCGCGAGCACUGUGCUUGCAUUGUUGAUCUUCUUUGUCGUGCUGGUAGAGUAGAGGAUGCAUACAACUUCUGCAUGAGGAUGUUCCCUGAGCCAAUGGUUGAUGUUUUAGGCAUAUUACUUGAUGCUUGUCGAGUCAAAGGUAAAACCGAGCUUGGGAACAUUAUUGCCAAAGAAAUUUCCAUGUUGAAGCCUGUAGAUGCUGGAAACUAUGUGCAACUGGCUCAUAGCUGUGCUUCGCAGGCUAGAUGGGAGGGUGUCGGCGAGGCAUGGGUCCAAAUGAGAUCUCUUGGUUUGAAGAAACUUCCCGGAUGGAGUUUUAUCGAACUACAUGGAACAAUAACAACAUUUUUCAUGGGCCACAGGUCGCAUUCCCAAUAUGAAGACAUAGUAUUAGUUUUGAAAUCAUUGAGUAAGGAAAUAAGGAGAGUAGGCAUGAAUUUCCAACCCGGCAACUUCACAUUAGAUUUUGAAGAGUCUGAAAAUGAGAGGUGGCUCUUACAAGGAGCUUAG